AUGGAAACCGCUUCGUUGUUAGCCGAGAUUGAGGUCAUGUCGAGUCAUACAUGCCACGUGCUGGACGAGCUCAAGGCCCGCUUCCUGGAACGAAUGGAUGGCAUGCGGUCCCAGGUCAUGGAGUUUGUGGAACAGCACGAGUCUGAGUGGGUACAGAUCUCGGCCCAGACUCUGACGGCCCAGAGGAAGCUGGCCAAGGUGCAAGGCAUGGUGCGAGGCCUGGGUCUCGGUGCCGAGUCCUUCCAAAUGGACAUGGAGGGUACUUCACACGCCCUGGCCUGA